AUGGAACAUCCAGAGGAGAAACUUUUAUUUCUGUUCAUGCUGAUCAUGUUUCCCUCAGUAGCUUUAGCAACAGCAGCAGCAGCAUCGCAGGAUUGCGAGCGACAGUGUGGGAACUUAGAAAUUCCAUAUCCAUUUGGAAUGAAAAAAGGGUGUUAUCUGAAUGAAAAUUUCUUGGUUACCUGCAACAAAACUCAUUAUCAUCCUCCAAAAGCCUUUCUACGUGGCAGCAACAUUGAAGUAACUCACAUAUCAAUCCUCCCCAGCGAGCUUCACAUCUUAAACUACGUUGCCCGAGAUUGCUACACAAAAGAUGGUCGUCCCGAUAUUAGCAGAGCCAGACCCUUUCUUGUGGUGGACAUGUUCUCAAUUUCCAACACCAAGAACAAGUUAACCAUUGUCGGUUGCGAUACUUACGGCUAUCUUCACGGCGAAAUCCAGGGGGAAAUUUACUCAAGUGGGUGCAUGGCGUUGUGUGGAAACAGUAGUAGAACUAUAAAAGAUGGGUCCUGCUCUGGAAGUGGGUGCUGUCAGUUGGAGAUUCCUAAAGGCCUAAAAGAAAUACAGUUGGAUGUUAGAAGCUUCAACAAUCAUACUCGCGUACACAGCUUGAACCCAUGUGGGUACGCUUUUGUAAUCCAACAAAACAGAUUUACUUUCUCCAAAAAUUAUAUUAAGAACUUUACUGAAAGCAAAGUUCCACUGGUGCUUGAUUGGGGCAUCAAAAAUGAUACUUGCCAACCACCCAACCACAAAGACAAAUGUCUAUGUGGACCAAACAGCCAAAAGAAUAGCAGUUUAUCACUUGAUGGAUCUGAAUAUUAUUGUCAGUGUUUGGAUGGUUUCCAUGGAAAUCCUUAUCUCUCUCAAGGUUGUCAAGACAUAGAUGAGUGCCAAGAUGGAAGUCAUGAAUGUAAAUUCAAACAUCAGUGUGUUAACACACCAGGAAACUAUACCUGCAAUUGUCCCAAGAACUAUAAAGGAGAUGGCAGACGUGGAGGUGAAGGUUGCACCCAGAACACCACUUUUUUCAUCCUUAUAAUCAUUGGAAUUGUUGUGGGUCUUUUAGUUUUAGGGAUUAGCAGCAUGUGGUUAUACUUGGCUUACAAAAAGUGGAGGUUUAUCCAACAAAAAGCGAAGUUUUUUAAUAAAAAUGGAGGCUUGGUUCUUCAAGAACAUAUUUCUCAAUGGCAAUCAUCCAGUGACAUGCUUAGAAUUUUCACUCGUGAAGAGUUAGAGAAAGCUACAAACAACUUCGACGAAAGCGUGGUGGUCGGCAAAGGUGGGUACGGUACAGUUUACAAAGGAGUCUUAAUGGACGGUUCGAUAAUCGCAAUCAAGAAAUCAAAAUUGGUAGACCAAUCUCAAACUAAACAAUUCAUUAACGAAGUCAUUAUUUUGUCCCAAAUCAACCAUCGAAACGUUGUUAAACUCCUAGGUUGUUGUUUGGAGACACGUGUUCCAUUGUUAGUGUACGAGUUCAUCACCAAUGGCACACUCUUCGAGCACAUCCAUCGUAAAAACAACCAUUCUUUCCUUUCAUGGAAAACUCGCUUGAAGAUAGCUUCUCAAACAGCAGGAGUCCUCUCCUACCUACAUUCAUCAGCUUCUACUCCCAUCAUCCAUAGAGAUAUCAAGUCCACUAAUAUACUUUUAGACCAUAAUUAUACUGCCAAAGUCUCGGAUUUUGGAGCUUCAAAGUUGGUUCCGUUGGAUCAGACUCAAAUAUCCACUAUGGUACAAGGGACUCUUGGAUAUUUGGAUCCAGAAUAUUUGUUGACAAGUGAGUUGACAGAGAAAAGCGACGUGUAUAGCUUUGGGAUCGUGCUUCUAGAGCUUAUAACUGGGAAGAAGGCCGUGACUUUUACAGGGCCAGAACUCGAGAGAAAUCUAGCCAUGUACGUCCUAUGUGCGAUAAAAGAAGAUCGUGUCGAGGAAAUUGUGGAGAAUGAAAUAAUGGAGACAGAAGAAGGGGUGUUUUGGCAAAUAAAAGAAGUGACAAAGCUAGCAAAAGAGUGUCUGAGAGUAAAAGGGGAGGAGCGGCCCACCAUGAAGGAGGUAGCUAUGGAGUUGGACAGGCUGCGAGUGAUGCAGGUUGAGCAUUUGAAUUUGUCUGAUGAAGCUUCGGACUCGACCUCGAUUAAUGUUGGCUGUGACAAUAUGAAUAAUAAUGCUAUGGACCAUAGCAUAAAGGCUCAGAUUUUAUCACGAAUCCCUCUUGGAAGAUGACCGUGUGCAGCCUCAAAUGAAGAUUGUUGAUCAAAGUUGGUAACCAUAAUCAAUCAAAUAAUAUUUGUUUGCACCUUAGUGUAUUUGAAAAUUAUUGCUAUUUGAAUUAUUGAUAUGUGGACCUUUUAA